CAUCUCUGCACAUAUCAUGUGACAGCUGCUCAAAGGAAAAAAAUGAUAGCACUGGGGAAAGAAAUAUCCAACGCCCAGUAUCGUAUUUUGGAUCAUCGUGUGUUUGUUAACGGAGAAAUCGAGGCAUUUCUCAAUAAUUUUGGAAACGAUUCAGAGGUAGAGUCUCUGUUUAAACUUACCGAGACAGUAGGAGCUCUUAAGUACGAAUGCUCGGAUAAAUGUAUAAACCUAGGAGCGACACAUUUAGAUAACAUAGCGGUCGAGUUGAAAAACCUUUUGGGAGAAGUUGAUAAUUUGGUUGAUACAUUACAAAGACCAAAACAGACAAGUUCUACCAUUUUGGAAACAGCAGCCGAAAGAUUGAAACGUAAACAAGUCUUUGAUUCAGAACUAAAGCAUAAUUAUCAACGUGUGGAAGACUCCUUUGCCGUUAAAGAAGAAGAAAUAUCUGAACUUUAUUCAGAUUUGCAACUUAAAUUGAAUAUACCGAAGUGA